UUCGUUCCUUUUUCUCACUGAUUUUCCGGGAAAAUUUUCUCUCACUGCUGAUUUCCUUCGCUCUCUACUUUCCCGGCGAUAGAGGAGGAAGUAGAAGAGUAUAAGGAUGAAAUUUCUCUGCUUCUACGGAAACUCUUUCUCUUCACUUCACUUCACUUCUCUUCCCUUCAAUAUUCCGUGAUCAACACGAACUCUUUCUUCUUCAUUCAAACAACAAGCACCACUCUCAAUAACAUUCCUAAUCUUAGAAAACCUUCUAGCACAACAACAAUAUUCUCUCCUUUUUCUUCUUUUUCAACAAAAGGCAGUAGCUGAAAAUGGAGACACAAUAUAGGGAUUCUUUGUCCUCCCAUGGUGUUGCAGGCUCAUUUAAGACUUCUUCACUUAAUGUUCCAAAAAAGGUGGAAAGCAAUGCUUGGGGAAUACCGCACAAGAGUAAUGUAUUUCAUGCUUCAAAUGAUGUUAGCUUGUUUUCCAGCUCACUACCUGUUCUUCCACAUGAGAAGUUAAAUUUGACUGAUUCUGAACGUUAUGGCCAACCUAUUGAUGAUAACUUGCUAACGAUAGAUAAAGUGGACAAAGAGAAUGAGGAAAAUGAUCCUUUUGAAGAUUUUGAAGCCAAUAUAGUUGGAAACAUACUUCCUGAUGAAGAGGAGCUUUUAGCUGGGAUAAUGGACGAUUUCGACCUUAGUAGGUUGCCAAGCCAAGUGGAGGAUCUGGAUGAUAAUGAUCUGUUUGGCAGUGGAGGGGGGUUCGAAAUGGACUUUGAACCCCAAGAGAGUCUUAAUGUUGGCAUGUCAAAGCUAAGCAUUUCAGAUGGAGUUGCUUCAAAUGGUAUUGGUCAUUAUUCAAUCCCAAAUGGUAUGGGAACGGUGGCUGGUGAGCAUCCUUAUGGAGAGCAUCCAUCAAGGACAUUAUUUGUUCGAAACAUCAAUAGUAAUGUUGAGGACUCUGAAUUACGGACCUUAUUUGAGCAAUAUGGGGAUAUCAGAACUUUGUACACUGCAUGCAAGCAUAGAGGCUUUGUGAUGAUAUCUUACUAUGACAUUCGAGAUGCUCGCACUGCAAUGCGUGCCUUACAAAACAAGCCCUUGAGACGAAGAAAACUUGAUAUUCAUUUUUCAAUUCCCAAGGAUAACCCCUCAGAGAAAGAUAUUAAUCAAGGAACCCUUGUAGCAUUCAAUUUGGAUCCUUCAGUGUCAAAUGAGGACCUUCGAUUAAUUUUUGGUGCUUAUGGAGAGGUCAAGGAGAUUAGGGAAACACCGCAUAAGAGGCACCAUAAAUUUAUUGAGUUUUAUGAUGUUAGAGCGGCAGAAGCAGCUCUUAAAGCAUUAAAUCGAAGGGAUAUUGCUGGGAAACGCAUAAAACUUGAACCCAGUCGCCCCGGCGGAGCACGUAGGAACUUGAUGCAACAACUGAGUCAAGAGUUGGAGCAAGAUGAAGCUCGAACUUUUAGACAUCAAGUAGGUUCACCUGUGGCCAAUUCUCCUCCCGGUAACUGGGCACAUUUUGGUAGUCCAGUUGAGCAUAAUCAACUAGGUUCAUUUAGCAAGUCGCCUGGUUUGGGCCAUGCCAGCCCUGUCAAUACUAACCAUUUUUCUGGAUUGGCUGCAAUUCUUUCCCCACAUGCAUCUAACAAGAUUGCGCCGAUUGGUAAGGACCCUGGAAGGGCUGCAAAUCAGAUAUUUUUGAACUCUGGAUCAAUGCAAGGAACAGCUUUUCAGCAUUCCAUGUCUUUUCCUGAGCAAAAAGUGAAUGCAAGUCCUAGGCCUAUAUCUUCCUUUGGCGAAUCAAGUUCAAGCUCAUCAAGUAUUGGAACAUUGUCUGGCCCUCAAUUUCUUUGGGGGAGCCCAACUCCUUAUACUGAGCAUUCAACCACAUCUGGUUGGUCUUCGUCUUCUUUGGGGCAUCCAUUUACUUCUAGUGGCCAAAGGCAGGGUUUUCCAUAUUCAAGUCAUCGCAGUUCUUUUCUUGGUUCCCAGCCCCAUCAUCAUAUAGGAUCUGCUCCAUCUGGCCUUCAUUUUGAUAGGCAUUUUAACUACUUCCCAGAAUCACCCGAUGCUUCUUUAAUGAGCCCAGUUGGAUUUGGGAAUUUAAAUCUCAGUGACAGGAGUUUUAUGAUGAACAGGAGCAGUCAUGCAUCUUUAGGUGGUUCUGCUGGCCUUUCAGGAAAUACUGCUGAAAAUGGUUCACCUAAUUUCGGGAUGCUGUCACUGCCUAGGCAUGGUUCUUUGCUUCUCGGAAGCAGUUCUUAUUCUGGACCAGGAGCAACCAACACUGAAGGCAUGUCUCGAAGUAGGCGACCCGAGAAUAGUGGAAACCCAAUUGAUUCAAAGAAGCUGUACCAACUUGAUCUUGAUAAAAUCCUCAGUGGUGAAGAUACAAGGACGACUUUAAUGAUUAAAAAUAUUCCUAACAAGUACACAUCGAAGAUGCUGCUUGCUGCAAUUGAUGAGAAUCACCGGGGUGCUUAUGACUUUCUCUACUUGCCAAUUGAUUUUAAGAACAAGUGUAAUGUGGGUUAUGCCUUUAUCAAUAUGGUGUCUCCUUCACACAUCAUUCCUUUCUAUGAGGCAUUUAAUGGGAAGAAGUGGGAGAAGUUUAAUAGCGAAAAAGUUGCUUCACUGGCGUAUGCAAGGAUACAAGGAAAGGCUGCACUUGUGACACAUUUUCAGAAUUCAAGCUUAAUGAAUGAGGAUAAGCGGUGUCGGCCAAUUCUCUUUCAUUCGGAGGGCCAAGAGACGAAUGAUCAGGAGAAUUUUCUGUCCAGCAAUUUGAAUAUAUGUAUUCGUCAACCAGACGGGUCUUACUCAGGUGAUUUAUUGGAGAGCCCAAAGGGCGAUUGGGACGAGAAACUAGAAAAAGAUUAACCAUUUGCUAGCUAUUUAUAUGUUCCUAGCCACAAUAAUAAAUGGGGGUUGGGAAUGCUAACAACUGCAUAGGGCAAUGUUAAGGUGUACAAAGCUAAUUGAUUUAAAAGAACAAAAAAGUUGGUGUACAAAGGUGAAGAAGCAGCAUAGCUUUCAGCUGCUGGAGACUCUGAAUGUGUCAAUAUUUCAUAAUAAUCAUCAAUGGAGGAAGCAGCAAGGAACAGUUUCUUGUGUGUAGAGAAAUCAAUUGUGAUUAGAAGUGGAAGAGAAUAAGAUGGCAUUUCUUUGUCAGCUUGCAUGCCAGAGUUUGCAGAUUUGACUAAUGUGUAUAUUAUUAAAAUGAGGUACUGUCAUAUUAGCUUUGUCAAUGUUGUCAUGAAACCUAAAUUACUUGUGCAUGUAUGUAUAUAUGUGAACCAGUUUCUUUGCCUUAUUCUUAUGUUAGAUCAGCCAUCUAGAAUAUUGUUACUGGAUACACUGAAAUGUUGGAAUAUCCUUGAAGAACCUCUUAUUUUUCUC